AUGCCACACCGUCCAUCUUCCAAGCGACAUGCAUUCUUCGAACCGAACUUGGAGAUUUCCCCGCAGGACGUCGAGUGUUUUGCUUCCCUCCCAUUUGCUGCACCCUAUCUGAGCAGCCCACUGUACGAACCGGUUCCAUUCGUCACCCGAUAUGAUACAGAAGGCACCUCCAACAAGUUCUUCAGUAAGGUGAUAAAUACCGCUGAUACAAUCCUACACUUGCUGGCUCUGGCUCGAGUGCCAGACUCAAAGCCAAACCAGACUCCAGAUCAACAUGACGAUAGUGCCCCAGAUUUCGUGGUUUUCGUUUCUCUCGGCCCCGAUCUGUGUGGAUUCCAGGGUACAGUCCACGGUGGAGUCUUGGCUGCCCUGCUUGACGAAGCUUUAGGUUUGUGUGCUGAAUCCACAGAGUUGGUUUCAAAGGGUCAUACGCGGCUGUACACCGCUGGCCUUGAGAUUUCGUAUCGCUCUCCUGUGCAUGCGCCGAGCGUCGCUAUGAUCAAAACAUGGGUCACCAAGAGGCACGGCAGAAAGUGGUUCUUGGAAGCACAGAUUCUUGACCAAGACGGCAUGGUAAAGGCAGAGGCUAAGACGUUAUAUAUCAGCUCGAGAAUUGAUGCUGGAUUGUAG